AUGUCUGAGGACCUCCGCGCGGAGUUGGACUCGUUCCUGCAGAGUCUGGACAUCCAGACGGACUGUGUCCUGCACCCGCAGGUGUUCACGGUGGAGGAGAUGAUGUCACACCUUCAGGGCGUGAGCGGAGCCGUCUCCAAGAACCUGUUUCUGAAAGACAAGAAGAAGAAGAGUCUGUGGCUGGUGUCGACUCGCCACGAUCGACAGGUGAACCUCAACGAUCUCGCCAAGAAGCUCGGAGUCGGCAGCGGGAACCUGCGCUUUGCAGACGAAGCCGUCAUGGUGGAAAAACUCAAGGUGGGACAGGGCUGUGCCUCCGCCCUCUCGCUCCUCUUCGAUCGGGACCAGAGCGUGAAGUUUGUCCUGGACCGAGACCUGGUGGAGGGCGGGCACCAGAGGGUCUACUUCCACCCCAUGACCAACUCUGCCAGCAUGGGUCUGAAGCCGGAGGACCUGCUGCGCUUCCUGGAGCAGACCGGACACCAGCCCAUCCUGCACUGCUUUGAAUAG